AUGGCGCCGUCGCCUUCGCGUGCUAUGUCCGAUCGCCCCGCAGUGACGCUGUCCGCACGCGCGCCGUCGCGACUACGAGUACAAGGAAACAGGCCGUGCCAUGGCUGCAGCUACCACGGCUGCGACAUCAUCCAGUCUGUUGUCUUCACUCGAAAGCCCCGCUCCACAAAGUCCAACAUGACCUGGCAGCAAGAGUUCUGGUCAUGGAUGUCUCCAUCCCGCGUCCCAACCGCUGAGCCUCCUGCAGUGGGCGAGAAGGCGCCCUCGACACACAAGCUCACAGUGCCCAAGGAUGGGAAGCCCACUAUUGUUGCCUUCCUGAGGCACUGCGGCUGUCCUUUCGCCGAGAAGACUUUUCUCAACCUGCGCGAUGCAGCAGCCGCGAACCCGAACGUGCAAUUCAUCGCCGUCUCCCAUAGCGACCAAGACUCGACAGACCGCUGGCUUGCCUCUCUGCCUGACACGUCCAAGAACACGCAGGCCAACCUUGAUGUUGUUGUAGAUGCCGAACGAGAAGCUUACGGAGCCUAUGGCCUCGGGGUUUCGAGCUUCAUGCACGUCGUGUCACUGGCUGGUCUAAGUAACUUGAACAAGCUGGGCAAGGAAGAGGGCAUCUGGAACAGGCCAACCGAGAGUGGAAACAGAUGGCAGACAGGAGGCAACUACGGCAUCGACAGAAACGGUACAGUGCAAUGGAGUGGGAAACACGAGCGUGCAGAUGACAUGUCUGAUUUCAAGGAGGGGGUUGCGCUGGUCACUGCGCAUUAA